AUGCGUCUCCACCUUGUUAUAUCGCGCCAUGGCCUGCCGGUCACACGCAUUCUCUGGACGACAACUUCGUCUAAUUCUGUGCUAGGCGAAUAUGGUACUCAUCGCCCAGCAUCAACCGCAGCUGUCGCAUCUUCUCGCACCCCGAAUAUCGCCUUCUCCAAUGGCGGGUACACGAUCGCACAACUUCUCGAGGAUGUAAAUGAAGUCGUACCGCUGGAAACCGAACCCAAUGUCUUCGAUGCGGAGUUCAGUGGCCAAUGGGGAUUGGAAGAUUAUGUUGUCGAAGUGGCUGGCUCGGAAUGCCUUCAUUUUAUGGAGGUUGACGGUUUGCUCCGAGAUGGAGACGAAGUUGUCAUCCGUGCCCUUCAAUUGGCAGACCUUCGGACCAGACGGCUGUGUGGCCGCCACCAAAUCACUGCCGAGGGCAAGCAUCUGAUCGACGGCGUGCCUUUCGGGUCGCCGUUCUUGAAGAGAACUACCUCUACACGACCUGCGAUUACCAUACCCCCAAGGAAGAAACGACGCACGGUUUUUUCAGGCUGGGAGAACGCCCCAGAGUUUGUCACCGAGGAAGUCCAUGCUGACGAGGAGGGUGAUGGAGAGUGGCUUCCACCUCCUAACACCGGUUUCGGAAAGGAGCUGUCUAUUAUGCCCGCUGAACAUGAAGAGUCCCUGGGUACGGUUAUUCGUCAUCCUGUUGACCACUCCGCGGAAUCUGACAGUGAAGCGGAUAUGUCUGAAAUGCCCGGAAUUGAUGAGGAUGAGUUAGAGAGCGAGCUCCAAGCUCUCAAAGAGGACUUUGAAGAACCUUCUCAAUUUAUUGAUAUCAGGAACCAGACUCAGAAUGCUAGUGGACAUCCACUGCGUGCUCCCUCGAUAGUCAAGCGACCAACUUCUAAGGGGUCACUUGCAGCUGCCUCGUCUCUUUCCAGCAAGCGGUCUCGUGCGGAGGACUCAUCUCCCAGGGCCUCCAAGGCUGUGAGAUUCAACAAGGGAGAUGAGCAGGAGGAUGAGGAUAUGCCUGAUCUCCCAAAACCUCCGCAGGCCCCACAGGUCGAGGAAAGUGCUGCGGAAACUUCUGAUUCUGAUUCCGAUUCUGAUUUAUCCGAUUCAUCUGCAUCUUGUUCAGAUAGCGAUUCUGAUGAUGAUUCCGAUGAUGAUGACUCUUCGAGCGAGGUGGAGCCUGCAGCGGAAGCAUCUUCUGAUUCUGAUUCUGAUUCAUCCUCAAGCUCCGAGGACUCGGAUUCAUCAGACUCGGAUUCCGAAGAGGAAGCCGCGCGGCCUAUCGAAAAAGUCCAACAGCCGGUUUCUGUAGGCCCUCCUGGUGGAGGGUCUAUACGCACCAAAAAGAGUAAUAACCGCGUGAAACUGCGCCGCCGCCUAUCCAAGCUCAAGGAGCUAGGUGCUCUCCCCGAACAUGCAGACUUCGAUGCAUUGCGGGAGUGGGAAGAAAAGCAUGGAGGCUGGCAUACUCCGGAACAAUAUCUCAACCGGGAGCCAUUUGUGAAACCCCAACUACCUGUGGAACCGGAACAAGAAUCUGCCGAAUCUUCCAUCAAGAAGCAAAAGAGAGAGCAGAAAGAACAGGAGAAGAAAGAGUUUGAAGCGAGGCGCGAGAAACUGCUUCGCGAUCUUGCGUCGGGUAAAGGUGUUGAUGUGAGUGAGACAUCGGAGAAGGAAAAUGUCCCACCCGCUGCAUCUACCGUUGAAGAAACCCCCGUUUCAAAAGAAGUGCCCGGUGAGGAGCUGGAACAGGAGCCUUCCAACAGACGUACCCUGGACAUAGCUAGCUCACGACGCAUGCUGUUUGGAUCUCUGGGAAUGCGAACCCCAAAGACCAAGGAAGAGGAAGAAGCAACGCGGAGGAAGCUUGCUGCCAAAGCUAGUGCAUGCGGGCGCCGAACAAAACCUUCUACGCAAGACGCCCAAGAAGGGAACGACCAGAUGCAAGAGGAUGAAGAUGCAUCCGACAUUGAUUGGCAAAACAAGCUUGUCAUUCGUGCUGUCGAGUGUCUCUAUCCCCAAGUUGAUAUGACUGCACCUCCUUAUCCCUUUGUUCAACGUUGGGACCAAGAAGCCAAUGCAUUGAUUCGUGAGCUCAAAGGCCCGAAUAAGAAGCGAAAAAGAAAGCAGCGUGUUCAGGUCUAUGAAGAAUACGAGGAGCAGGAGGAAUACGAUGAAAAUGGAAAUUACUACGGCGAAGACCAAGGCGGAGAUGACCAAGCCAAUCAUGAGGGUCAUUACAAAGGUGAAGCCGAUCCCCAUUAUGAAGGUCAUUUGGAACGCGAAGCUGCUCCUUACUACGAAGGCCAUUAUGCGGGCGAAGCUGAAGGACACCAGAUGACUUAUGACGAUGCUCCUGAGCCUGAACAAGCGCUGAACUCUACCUUCGAUGACCUACCUUCGGUUCCCGCUGACAUCAGUACGGUUCCUGAUUUGACUGAGAGCCAGGCGAAGGUCGGCGCAAUCAUUGCAUUCCGGCAGUUAGACAUGUCCAAAGCCACGAACUGGCAGCCUCAGAUGUCUGAGUACCGAGUAGCUGAAGUGCGCUCUGUUAAAGACCAUGGAGUUAUUAAUGUACUACUGGCCAAGCGAGACCGGAAGCCUCCAUCAGCAUCUUACGAUAACGAGCCCCGCCAAUUCAGCAAGUUUGAAGUACCAGACCUAGCCAAUGACGAAGAAGAUGAUGACGGCUAUCGCGAGCUUGCCUUUGCGGAACUUAGCGACCCUAAGCUUCUCCAACCCGCAGGACAGACCAUUGCAGAAUCUGAGGGCCAGGACAAUACUCGAGAAGGUAGCAUUGUCUCUGUAGUUCAGGAAUCCGUACCGAACGCCCAACCAGUCGUAUCUGAGGAAAUGUACCUUGACGACACAACCUUUGUCACCAUUGGGAAUGAAGUCAGCCAUCUUGGGUCCCCUAGUGAAUCCCCAGGAACGCCCGAUGAACCUAUCCAACAAACCCCUGGUAGAGGCCUUCCGCAGAUCCAAGUCCAGACCGGAUCUGAUGGACGCAGUGCCACUCCUCCCAUUCCAUCACCUUCUUUCAAUGGGUUUCACUCUGCUCGAUCCUGGCAGCAAAUGACCCCUGGUGCUGAGCUCGGUAGUGAGCUUGAAGGCCAUACUCUCAUCGGAGGAGAAACGCCAUCUGCCUUAGUCAAUCGGGACGAGGAUCCUUCGGUGUUGUCAUACGCUUCUGCAAAUCAAUCCUUCGCGGAUGAACCCGAGGACCACGAAAUGUCUGAUCAUCAAGAGCAUGAGCGCCAGGUUGUCAAUGAAAAUCUCAUGCCGCCUGGCGAUUCGGGGGACAGUGGUCCUCAGUCCGGCUCACUUUUGUCCACCAUUGGCCGUAGCGGUGAUGAUGGUUCUCUGUCUGCGCAAAGAGAUACGAUAAAGCACAGUGCGACUCCCAACAGUUCUUCUGAAUCGUGGAGAGAUCUUUUGAGCAGAUUAAGAAAUGGGCCAUCGAAGCCAGGCGAGUCGCUUGUCACCAGUGAAGACGACAGUGAAAACAACGGUGAAGCCAACAAUAGCGAAGCCAAUAAUAGUGAAGAAGACAACAGCGAAGAUGACAACAGUGAAGAUCAUCAGAGUCCCCAGCGAUUGGAAGACAGUCUGCAACACUCCUACCUGGACCUCAACUUCUCGCCGCUGGACUCCCCACGGGCAUCCAAGCCGCGCUCUCCCAUCCCAUCAAUGAGUGUCCAACAGGAUGCCCAGUCUCAAAAUCAAACCUCAUUCCCUUCGCUGUUUAAAACCGAAUCCCCCGCUGCAUCUACUCGCUCCAAACUAUCCCAGCGGAUGCAUGAAUCUAAACCCACCUCCCAAAUCCCUGCCUCCCAGGCAUCCGAAGUGAUUGACCUCACUUCCAGCCCGCGUGGAUCUCCUGAACCCAGCUCCAGUUCCAACCCAUCCCAGCGCUCCAAAUCUGCAUUGUAUGGGAACUCACAACCUGAGGUCACCACCCCUCGCUCAUCUGUGCGUCCAUCCAGAGUUUCUACGGGCAGACUCCAACACAUGGUGGAAGUGAGUAUUAGUCCUUCCAGCCAGAAGAAGAAGCGCUCGUCGCGAAAGUUCUGA